AUGGAGGCAGAUUAACUAUUGGUGACUAAUUUUUUUAUAGAAUAAUAAAUAAAAAUAUUAAAACCCCAACCUUUGGCUAUUAAAUAAAGUGCUGAAAUUUUAUAACAUUACUAUAAAUUGUAAGCAGUAAUAAUUUUAACAUAUUAUCACUUUUAUUAGAAAGAAUAAGUCAAAAUCAUAGAAACAUCUUUGCUCAGCAUUUAUUCAUUCUUUCAAUCAGACAACUUUGAAAGUUAUUAGGAUAUCAACACUAAAAUUAAUAAUUUACUUGAAGAUAUUUCUAAAAUUGAUGACAACACAAUAAGGAAAGGACAAUUUCGAAGAUCGAUUUGUAGAAAAUCAUUAUAAAAGUAUUCCAUUCUGAUUUUAUAUAUUCAAUUAGAUCAUUUAAAAUUUUAUCCUUAAAACUUAGGAUAUCUUUGGACAUUAUCAGUAAAAAAUGGAUAAAUAAACAAAAUUAAAAAAAUUAAUUAAGAUGGUCCAACCUAUGCAUUCGAAACAUACAAAAGUAUAUUGACAUAUUUACGAUAUAGUUCUUUGAAUUCAGAUCUAGCAUUAGUCUCUAAAAAGUUAUUUAAAAUGUUUAUAUGCAGAAUAUGCGAACAACCAGUCUAAGCAACUCUAAUGGAAUAACAUUGCAUAAAGUGCGAAUAAUAAGCUGAAAGCAAAAAAAGAUUAUUAGAACUAAAUUUGGAAUUAGCAAAUGUUUGCGAGUAAGCAUAUUUAGAGAAGAGGAAUGUGCAAGUUAAAUUGGCAAUUAAAAAGUAUUAUAAUUCGUAUCAUAUUUAAGAAUGAGAGAUAAAACGAAGAAGAGAUAAUAUCAUAAUACUAAAUAUAUUUAUAGAAGAGUUUAGACUUUAAAUGAUUAAGAUGAAGAUGAUGACAAUCAAAACGAAUAUUAAUAAGAAUUGAACACGAUAGUCAACAUUAUGACAUAAAUUAUUAACUUUGCUGAAAAAACAUUAAAUAAUUCUGCUGAAGUUGAAGAUACUAAAUGUAAUUAAAUAUUAUGAACUUUAUUGAUAGAAACCUUAGUGCUAUUAAAUGACAUAGUCAAUGCCAGUUAAUGUAUUGAAAGCCAAGAAACAUUGACUGUUAUUAAUGCAACCCAUAAAUGCCUAUUGGAUAGACUUGAUUAUUAGAAAAAAUAAGAAAAUAUCAUCAAUAACUCAUUAGAAGGGUCUCCUAAUCAAAAUUAGGAUAACAUCAGUAAGAUUAAAAGAGCAUUUACCAAGUCUAAUUCAAUUUCAUUUAGAAUGCCAAAAUUUUAAAAUUCUCCCUCUCCUUCUUAGAGAAUAUCUACAGAACCUAUUUAGGAAGAAGAAGAUGCACCAUAAUCACCUUAAAUUUCAUCAUCUUCAAAACUUAUAUCUUAAAGAAAAGCAUUUAAAAUCAAUUCUUCCAUUUUUAAGUUGAGUGACGGAUCAGAUUCUCCUAAAUCAAUUAAAUAAUCAUCUAAUUUAAUUUAGGUAAAAACAAGUUAUUUCUCUUAAAUUGAGACAAACUAAACGAUAAAUUCUUCCAUUAAUGAACUUAAGGUUGAAAAUACGCCAAAUUAAUCUAGCAAUGAACUCACCUAAUCAAGAGAAAACAUUUAAAAAUCAAUAUAAAAAUUAGCCUAAUUUAAAGCUUCUAUCCAACCACUCUUAACGAAAAAUUAGAAAAGGUAAAUAUUAGAGGAGAUUACAGAGGAAGUAAAAUUUCCAAAUAAAAUAAUUGAAAUCAGCAAAUAAUCCAUAAAAGAUAGCGAAAAUUCAUCUAAUAAAUCUAGUAUGGAAUCUGGAAAUUCUAAUAAUAAUAAUGAAAUAAUUAAUUUAGUUCCUAAAAAAAAAUACAAAAAGAAAAACAAAUUAAGUUUCUAAUCAUAGGAAAUUGAUAAUAUGUAAUUGAAUAGUAAAAAUCCCCAAAGAAAAAGUAAAUUUUUUGAAAAUUAAAUAUGCAAAUCUCCCAUUGUUUUAUAUGACAACACAAUGGAUGAAAUUUUGAUUGAUAAAGGGUACCAUUCUGAUUCCAAUUUAAUUAAAAGUGUUUAACCUUAGUAAAAUGAAUCUUCAAAGGUUGGAAUUAAGGAUUUUGAAUUUAUUAAAUUAUUAGGAAAAGGGGCUUACGGAUGGGUUUUUUUAGUGAAAAAACAUGGCUCUGGAGAUCUUUAUGCUUUGAAAAUAAUUGAUUGUGCUUAAAGAGUAAUUUGAAAUUUUAAUCAUAGAAUUUAGAAGCAUUCUUGGAAUAGUUAAAAGCAGAAAGAAAUAUUUUCGAAAUUCUCAAUAGCAGCUUUGUCGUUAAAGCAUACUUUUCAUUUGUUCAUGAACAGUAUCUUAUUUUUGUACAAGAAUACAUGAUGGGAGGAGACCUAGCCAGCAUUUUAAAACAAUAUACGGUAGUUUCUAUUAUAAAUCAAUUUAGGCACUUGAUGAAUUUUAUGUUUAACACUAUAUGGCUGAGAUUGUUUUGGCUUUAGAAUAUUUAAGAUAAUAGAAUAUAGUACAUAGAGAUUUAAAACCAGAAAAUAUAUUAUUAGAUUGCUAAGGACAUGCUAAACUUGCUGACUUUGGUCUAUCAGAAUAGGGAGUGAAUAGCAGAUUAAAAUUAAAAGACAAUUUGAGUACUUAAAAUACUGUAGAAAUACCUACUUGUGUAGAACAAUUCAGUGAUUAAUCAGGCUAUUAGCCUAUCUAUAAAUAACUCAAAAAAGUAGGCUCGAUUUUAGUUGAGAAAUAGGGAUGUAAAACAAAAAAGUAAAAUUUAAUUUGUUAAAUAAAAGAAUUGUUGGUACUCCUGAUUACAUUGCUCCUGAAAUUAUAUUGGGAACUUCAGUGAGUAAUUUUAGUUCAGAUUACUGGAGUUUGGGUAUUAUAAUGUAUGAACUACUUUGUGGCAUUGCCCCUUUUAAUGAAGACACUGUAGAGAAAAUCUUUGAUAACAUUCUGAAUAUGAGAAUAGAAUGGCCUUAAAUUGGAGAUGGAGAGGAUUGUAUUUCAGAAUAAGCCUAUGAUUUGAUCGUAAAAUUAUUGGAACCUGACUUUAAUAAAAGAAUAGGACACAAAUCUAUUGAAGAAAUAAAAAAUCAUAAAUUUUUCAAAGGUUUGACUGAAUCAUAAUAAUAGGUAUCUAAUGGAACAGAUUAUUGAGUAAACCAGGAUUGAUUAUUCCAGAGUUAACUUGUGAAUCGAAAGACACUGAAAAGAUGCAAUAGUUUUUAAAAAAAUUGGAAAAAACUAAUAAAGAUUCAGAAAAUAAAAAAUUAGCCUAAUAAUUGAAAGCUUAACUUUAAAAUUUAGAAAGAAUCGAUUUAUUAAAAUAAAGAAGCACAUAAGAAUCCGAUAAAUAUUUGUAUAAUUAAUUAUUAAUUAGAUCACAAGUGUAGAAGGAACAAAAGAAAAUUUAACAUCAAAUUGAGUUGCUUACACAAUUUUAUGCCAAACUUUACUAAUGUUACUCUAAGAUGUAGUGA